UUAGUAUAUAUUUAUUAGUUUCUUCGUCUAUAUCCCAUUUUAUCAGUGUGCCCAUUUGCUAGCUGCCAGUACUUUUACACCGAUCAGUUUCAAGCCCGAUGGAGUUGUUCAACUGGGUCUCUUUGAUUUUAGUCAUUUCUGCUCUGGGACCUGCACCCAUAGCUGUAGCUUCCUCUUCUAGCUCAGAUGGGCAGCCACAAAUUUCCUCUAAAUUUCUCAAUUUGGCGAAGAAAGAUGACCUGUUUAAUUGGAUGGUCGGAAUCAGGAGGAAAAUACAUGAAAACCCGGAACUGGGCUACGAGGAAUUCGAGACCAGUAAGCUGAUAAGAGCAGAAUUAGAUAAUCUGGGCAUUACAUAUAAGCACCCAGUAGCGGUUACAGGUGUUAUCGGCUUUGUUGGGACCGGAAAACCACCUUUUGUUGCGAUUAGAGCAGAUAUGGACGCUCUACCUAUGCAGGAAAUGGUGGAGUGGGAGCACAAGAGCAAAGUCCAAGGGAAGAUGCAUGCUUGUGGACAUGAUGCCCAUGUGGCAAUGCUUCUUGGAGCGGCCAAGAUCCUCAAAGAGCUUGAGAAAGAGUUACAAGGAACAGUUGUUCUUGUAUUCCAACCAGCUGAGGAAGGAGGUGGUGGGGCUCAUAAAAUGGUUGAACUUGGAGCUUUAGAAAAUGUCAAUGCUAUAUUUGGGUUACAUGUGGAUUCCAAAUUACCUAUAGGUGAAGUAGCCUCCAGAAGUGGUCCUCUGUUGGCUGGGAGUGGAUUUUUUGAGGCUGUAAUAACUGGAAAAGGGGGUCAUGCAGCCCUUCCUCAGCACUCCAUCGAUCCAAUACUGGCUGCUUCAAAUGUGAUUGUUAGCUUACAACAUCUUGUUUCGCGCGAAGCUGAUCCACUUGACUCGCAGGUAGUAACAGUUGCAAAAUUUCAAGGAGGUGGUGCUUUUAAUGUCAUUCCUGAUUCCGUUACAAUUGGUGGCACUUUCCGUGCCUUUACAAAGAAAAGCUUCAAUCAACUCAAACAGCGUAUUGAGGAGGUUAUAACAGGGCAGGCCACUGUGCAGAGAUGCAAGGCCAGUGUAAACUUCUUCGAAAAUGAGAAACCCUUCUUCCCUCCGACGAUAAACCAUGAAAGUUUGCAUGAUUACUUCAAAAGGGUAGCUGGUGAAAUACUUGGAAGCCAUAAGGUUAAAGAAAUGCAACCAUUAAUGGGAUCGGAAGAUUUUUCUUUCUACCAAGAGGUCAUACCUGGAUACUUCUUCUUUCUAGGGAUGGAAAAUAAGACUGUUGGAAAGCCUGAAUCAGCUCAUUCACCUUACUUUCAGAUCAACGAAGCAGCACUUAGUUAUGGUGCUGCACUUCACGCUUCAUUAGCGGCUACCUAUCUAUCUGAAUUCCAACCUAAAACCACUUUACUAGGAGGAGAAUUGCAUGAUGAAUUGUAAUUGGUUUCAUGACAAUUUUCAGAAUAAAUUAGUAUAUUGGUUCAAUUGCUAA